AUGACGAAUCAUUGUUCACAACACAAUAAACCACAUGAAUUUAUUUGUUAUGAUUGCAAUAAGUUUAUGUGUUCAAGAUAUUUGUCUGAAUUAAAUGUCAAUAAUAAUAAUAAAGUGGUUGAUGAUGAUAAUACAGAAGAGAGUAAAUUUAACAUAAAUGCUAAAAUCAUACUCGAUUCGUUGUGGAGUAAAAUGAAAUCAUCAACAUCAGAGUAUGACUCAAUACCAACAACAGAGAAUGAGAUAAAACAAUUUUUCUCGCAAUUACAUCAAUAUCUAAUCGUUGAAGAACAUAAACUAAAGAAAUCAAUGAACAGAAAGAUAGUAAUAAAACAAUUGGAUAAUAAUAACAUAAAUGACAAUACUACUAGUACAAGUAACAUUCAAUCAUCAGCAUUACCAGAUACAACAGACAUAUAG